UAUUCAAAUAAUAACUUUCUUUCAUAUAUUGACAAUUUUAUUAGAUAUUUAGUGAAUAACUAUUUCAUAUUAUUAGGUAUGUGUAACUGUGGCACUGCAUGGUGUACAAUAUUACAUACAUUACAUUGUUUGUAGAAAAUACUGUUAUUCAAGUCAUAAACUUUUGAAAUUGUUGUAUAUUUGGAAAUGAGGCCUAAUAGUUCUGGCCUCUCGUCAUGUUUCAAAAGUCUGUAGCAUUUAUACCAGUAACAAAUGAAGCACAACUACAGUAUUGGCUUCAGUAGCUGAGGAGGGCACGAUAAGUGGUUUAGCAUCAGUUUAACACUUUGCUUGUAAUGGACAGAACGGCAGAAUAUAAGACAUUUUUCAUUAAAGGUUCUGCCUUCACAAGUUGAUAAUAAGAGAGUUAUACAAUAUGCAGUACUUUGGUAUAAAUUUGUAGGAUAAUGUAAUGACACUAUCAUAAACAAAGGAAAAACUUCACUCACUGAUACUUGAAAUAAUCUGUGUAGGCAAAAACUAACAUCAGAAAUUAAGAAAAUAGGUUGCGACUAGGCCUAACGCUGUGCGGAGAGUUUUUGGUUCAUACGGUGAUAUUUGUGGAUUCCCAGGAGUGGCUUGAGUAAAAGGGACAUAUAGGGGUACAAUCACUUACUAAACAGCACCAAUACUUUCAUUUAUAUUAUUUGUAAAGGAAAAUAACAAGAAUUUCAUACAUAUUACAAUGUGAAUCAUUGAAACAAGGAAUAUUAACUGCAAGGUUGGAUACAGUAUGAAACUAAAAAAUUACCUAAUAAGUAUCAGGGAAAUUGCAAGGAAAAGGCAAAGGAUCAAAAUAAAACCGUCAGUAAAUUAUCUAUUGCAAUGUACAUCCAUUCAGGGGCUUUGCCCUGUAAGCCUCCUUUCAGAGAUGGCUACCACCUACCCACCACCUGGACUGCAAAAUCUUCACACUAUGUUGAUAUACACUGAUGGUAUAGAGGCAGCAAAGCCUUCCAACCUCUGCCUGAUUUAAAAUUCAUCACCUUGUAUAUUCUGGCUAGAGUCAAGGCAGAUAUUUACUCUCAUAUCAAUAGCUUUCGAGUCAAUCAGGAUCCUUGUUGCCAUGCUUUUGGUAGGAAUUGCGACCACUAUCUGCUACUUCUUUUUGUUAUUCCUAUGAUAUUUGCCAUAUUAGAGACUAAACAGUUUAACCAAUAAGUUAUACAUCGGCCAGCCAAGACUGAAUUGAUUUAUAUUGCAACUUCUUCUGUCACAUGAUUACAGUUCUUAUUGGCCUUAAUAGACUGGUCGCUAGUGUCUAAUAUCACAUUAUGGCCAAGUAUAAUUCCAGUUGGCUCAUUUGAUUUUUCUGACAUGUUUCAUCUAGUCUAAUACAUUUUCAAUGUUAGGGAUAUUGCUCAGGCACCAAUAAAUUACAACAAUAUUGAGACUUAAGUAGUACAGAUAGUGUCAACUGACUAUUACACAUCAUCAAGUGAUUACUGCAGAGUCCAUAUGUAUGGUAAUGCGGCAAAGGCAAACAAAUGUCCACCACAUUAAAGCAGAGAUUGGACUGUGCUGUGUAUUGCAUUAAACUCUAAUGGAAGUCUACAAGGUCUUAUUUCAUCAGAGUAUAUAUAGUAGAAUUCAUUAUCUUCUUUUGUCAAGAUAUAUAUAUAGUAAAAUUUGUUAGCUUCUUUUCAGAGUGCCAAAAAGGUGUGCAAUAGUUGCUUGAUGCCACUAGUGUUAUCAAUAUAAUUUAUUGCCACAUCUGAACAAUACAUAGCAGGUGCAGUCCAUCUGUAAUGAAUUUGUUAGUCUUGAUGACAUGCAGCUUUUGUCUAUCACAUUUAUGAUAAUAAGAUUAACAAUUACCUUAUUAACCCCUUGCAGUAAGCCCUCACUCUCCAAAUACCCGUAACUAAGCUUAUUAAAAAAAUAAUAAUUAGAAAAUUUAUAAUGAAUAAAAAUACAAGUGCUGAUACUAUAUCAAGUGGCUGGAAUAUGUCUUUACUAGUGGAGGUUAGCUAACAGUAUUAGGGAGGUACAUACAUAUGGAUGAAAAAAUCAAGAGUAGGUAGUAUAAUAUGUAACUUGGUUACAAUAUGAAUCAAACUCUGUAUGCAUUUUAUUAUUAUUAUUAUUAUUAUUAUUAUUAUUAUUAAAAAAAAAAAAAAAAAAAAAUGUUAGCUACAUUUUACAGUUAUGUAAAGUUUUAGGAGGAAAAUAUCCAGGUGUGUCUUGUAGGUCCUGCCCACACAAACACUCAGUGGCAGCAUCAAGACUCCUUGCCUCUUUGCUAUGCUAUGAGUUUGCAUAAGCUAUUUUGUCAUUUUCCAAGGUCUAUAUUUGGCUUUUGUUAAACAAUCAAAAUAGUAAUAGACUGUGUUCAUUUGGCAGACUCCAUAUUAUCUCACCAGGUAGUCUACAACUCUGUUCAAUAACAAGUAGACUAAUAAUGUGUUACUUGUGGGUUUUUUUAUAAUCUGAUAAUAUUCAUUUUCUCACAACACACCUUGCUCUGCUGGUCAGGGUGGAUAGAAUAGUUUGCUGCUCUUAGAAACUGUUUCCUUUUAAGAGCUGGCACUCUUCCAGACAUGGCUCACAGAUGGUACCCAUCCUCUUUUUAUGGUGGAAGUAAUGCAAGAUCCCUUCUUAAAGGCCCAUAGAGUCUUUAUGCAGUCACGGCAAAAUGUCCCCAUCCCCUGCCAUUCAGUAAAAUUUUUCAAUGGAAACACAUACUUAUCACCCAUCACUCAGCCAACCUUGCAUGAUGUGACAUCUACUUCACCAGGAUCCUCUUCGAAUUUCCUUAUUGGGAAAGUGUCUUUCUAUUAGAAUGUUAGGGAAUGCGAUAGUGACAGUUCUUGUGCCAGAGCAGCUUGAGGGAGAGAAUGGUGGUCAUCUCUAUGGAAGGUUCACAAAUUCAAAAGCUCAUCCAAUUGACGAGAGAGAAUCUUAUGUCAUUGUUGUAACAUCUGUGAGUUCAAACAAAAAGCCUCCCAUCGGGUGCAUUAAUAAUGACAGUCGGAUCCAGACUCGCAGAUCCACCAGGAACGUUUGGGUAGAACUCAGCACUCACCCACAGAUCCAACUUCAUUCUGUCAGAGUUUGCAGUGACAAUGUGUGCCUUAGUGAAGUUAAUCUUGUAACCUACAGUUACAAGGAGAUCUGUGAGUCAGAGCUCAUCAGCCGGAAGUUCUUAUACAGGGAAGGUGAUGAUCAUGCAAACAACAUAGUGCCAUAUUUUGUGAAAAGUGUGCAAAAAGAUUGUAAAAAGACAGAUUCCUGCUGGUUGGUGAAAAUUCUACUUGCUUCACUCUUGGUUUUGACUAAGACAAUCCUGUGUGUGACACGGUUGCCCAAAGUGCUCUUGGAAGGUCUUCAUUAUGUUUUAGUUAAUAAAUUUGACUACUCCAGCAAUUUACUGAAACAAACUUUACUUCGUAUUAAACAGUUUGAGACUCUGGAACAUGAACUUAAAGAGAACAAGAGAACACUUGUAGCUGGUCGGUUAUUGGCUAUGAUUGCAAUUGACACGUUACUUGGGGUCUCAGUUGCGCUCCUGGUUAGCAGUUAUGCCUCCCUCAAUGAUAUUUAUUCUAUUUUUUGUAGUUCCACAAAGCUCUUAGCAUCAAAUGUCCAGCAUCUGUUAGAGUGGCUGCGGGGGGCUCCAGCGGGCCUCAAGCUGAAUCAGCCUCUGACGCAAGCACUUUCUGCAUUCUUCUCAUAUCAUGUUCAUCUAUGGAGGCUUUAUCUAGACUUGGCAGAUCCCGUGCUGAGGAGUCUGGCUUCAGUGUUCUUCUGGCUGGGAAUGUGCGGAGCCUCUGUGCAAGUGGCCAUUUUGUCUGACUUGAUGGACCUUGCCACACUGCAUCUCUACUGCUUCUAUGUCUAUGCGGCUAGGAUGCACAUGCUCCAAAUUUCUCUCCUGGGGUCCCAGUGGAGAGCAUUCCGAGGGAGAAAGUGGAAUCCUCUCAAGCAGCGUGUGGACAGCUACGAGAUCGAAGGUGGCCACAUGUCACUAAUUAGGGUGCUGACUGCAGUCAUUUUCACCCUCGUGAUAUUCCUUUUGCCCACCACCACUGUAUAUUACUUAGUGUUUGUGUCGUUAAGAAUAGGACUCAAUACAGUGCGAGGAAUUCUCUCUCUCACCAUGUGGGUUCUCAACAUCAAUCCUGUUUAUCUUAUACUGCUCAACUUGAUGGAUUCGAACAGAAUGAAAGGUGACAUAUACUUUGCAACCCAGCCCAUCGAUAAUUCCCGAGCCAGGUACCCCAUAGCUUCUCCUCUUGCCCUUCAUUUACACACUUGGCCAACCCCACUCUGCGAGGUCUUGCUGUAUGCCCAUUCGGAUGUGUUUCCUGCUAUACCAAGCCCAAACUGGAAAGCCUUUUUCUGUAGCGUUGUGUUUGCAAAAGAGUUGUUGUGAGAAGAGGGGGAAAUAAAGAAUUGUAAAAGGCUG